AUGUCGAACCAAUACACUCAGAAGACCUACACCCUCAACACCGGCGAUAAGAUCCCCGCCAUCGGCCUGGGCACCUGGCAGUCCAAGCCCAAUGAAGUGCGCGAGGCCGUCAAGAACGCCCUGCUGAAGGGCUACCGCCACAUCGAUACUGCUCUCGCCUACGGCAACGAGCACGAGGUCGGCCAGGGCAUCAAGGACUCCGGCGUGCCCCGGGAGCAGAUUUGGAUCACCACCAAGCUGGACAACACCUGGCACCACUGUGUGCAGGACGGCAUUGCCUCCUCCCUGAAGGACCUGCAGGUCGACUACGUCGACUUGUACCUUGUCCACUGGCCCAGCUCUACCGACCCGAACGACAAGUCUAAGCACCUGCCCGACUGGGACUUCAUCAAGACCUGGCAGGAGAUGCAGAAGCUGCCGGCCACCGGCAAGGUUCGCAACAUCGGUGUUUCCAACUUCGGCAUCAAGAACCUCGAGAAGCUCCUCAACGACCCCUCCACCAAGAUCGUUCCCGCUGUGAACCAGAUCGAGCUCCACCCUAACAACCCCUCGCCCAAGCUGGUUGCCUACAACACUUCCAAGGGUAUCCACUCCACUGGAUACUCGUGCCUCGGCUCUACCAACUCUCCUCUUUACAAGGAUCCCACUCUUCUCAAGAUCGCUGAGAAGAAGGGCAAGACUCCCCAGCAGGUUCUGCUGGUCUGGGGUAUCCAGAAGGGCUGGAGUGUUAUCCCCAAGUCUGUCAGCAAGUCUCGCAUUGAUGGCAACUUCGAGAUUGAUGGAUGGAGCCUCACUGAUGAGGAGAUCAACCAGCUUGACAACCUCAAGGACCGCUUCAAGGUCUGCGGUGAUGGCUGGCUGCCCAUCAAGGUGUUCUUCGGCGAUGACGAGUAG